CAAGAGUCUCUUACUGAAGACGUGGUUUCUUACGCAACCCUACCUCAAGCCUUUUCCCCCAUCACCCAACAAAGAUGUCUUACUUCAGAAUCACCCUGAUACGCUCUGCGAUUGGUCUGCCCGCGAAAUCUAGCAACGUCCUCAAGGCUCUAGGACUCCGCAAGCGCAUGGCCACAGUCUUCCAACCUGUCACUCCGUCAGUAGCUGGUCAGAUUAUGAAAGUGAAAGAGCUGGUUGCCGUAUCAGAGGUGGACAAGCCAUUGACCAAAGAAGAGGUUCACCAAGAACGAGUUCCCGACCCCGGAUUCUAUGUCGAAGCUCGCGCCGCAGACAUGAGACGAGAUUAGGCCAUGACUAGUCACUAAGGCGCCUCGAUGUAUAUAGUAUACGGCCUGCAAACACCUUACAGCUUCCUCGCAGCGAGUCGGAGUCUACCAGUCACAGAGAAGCCCUCCCACCAUGCUCCUACGGGCCGUCUGUCGAACGAUUUGAUCGAUUCUUCAUCGAUACAAGGGACCGGAAAAGAGGACUUUGCCAUGGUGAAAUGGAAUAGUCCGCAGGCACAAUUGGGAGGAACAAGGCCUCACUCACAUCGACGACGAACAAUCUCUCCACUCGGGAGAUAGUGUGGACAUGCAAGCCGACUCCCGGCUCGCCAAACACAUGAGACUUGCUGUUUCGGGCGGACUCUGUCACGAUGCGGCUGACAUGAACGGAUGGGGGCCCCGGAGCCAACGCACAUGCCAGUAGCAUUCCCGGGAGGACAGAAUGUACUCUGCAUUGAACCGUCACUUAAGAGACACGAGGACGAGAUGUUCCAGGGAAGGUUGAGCAUGUUCAUGCUCUGCAAACCGAUGAAGAAGCCUAGACAGGAUGAUGGCAGCUCAAAGCCUUUCUUGCUGCCAGUGUGUACUAUAUGUAUCAAUAUUGCAGUUUUGCCAGGCGGUAGCAGUGUAGAUGUGCCAUUAUGAUGGGGGGGAUAUACGAGCAGUUUCAGAACAAACGACUGUUCUUCUUGAGACAUUUUCUUUUUUCGUUCUGGUGAUGCCAAAUUCAAUACCGGCUUCUGAAUAUGUCUACAAU